UGCUGUGUCGAAAAAAAAAUAUUCUUAAACAAACAAAGAAUAAAAUAAUAUAACGAUAUUAUUUAUACAAAAAAAAAUAGCAGUGUUUGUAAUCAAAAGUGUGGCAAACAAAUUAUAAGUGACAAAGUUAAAAAUAUAUUUUAAUAGUUCCUAAUAAUAAACAAUUGAAAACUAAUAAUAAUUUGUUGAAAUAACAUACAUACACCUACUCUGCUAACAAAAUCUAAAUCGCAAAACUAUAUUAAUUAAUUUUGAAUAAAAAAAAAGUUUUAUCCCGCUGUGGAGUAUAUCUUGAAAUGCUCUCAUCGGCAUCCUUAUCUCCGCCUCCUUUAGAUCUACGGCCCGCCCUUAACAGCCAGGCGUCAACCAAUACAAACUUAAGUGAGGAUAAGUCUCAUGCGCCCUUAGUUAAACCGCCCUAUUCCUAUAUUGCUCUCAUUACCAUGGCAAUUUUACAGUCGCCGCAUAAAAAAUUAACCCUAAGUGGAAUAUGUGAUUUUAUAAUGACGAGGUUUGCAUACUACAAAGAAAAGUUUCCAGCGUGGCAAAACUCCAUACGUCACAAUCUGAGUUUAAACGAUUGCUUUAUUAAAGUUCCAAGAGAACCAGGAAAUCCAGGAAAAGGCAAUUUUUGGACACUAGAUCCCCUUGCCGAAGAUAUGUUUGAUAAUGGAAGCUUUUUACGUAGAAGGAAGCGUUAUAAAAGAGCUCCAGUUGCACAUCGGUUUCCGUUUCCCUCAGUUUUUGGACCAUUUUCGCCGUUUUGGAUAAGAAAACCCGUUCCAGUGCUGCCAGUUCAUUUCAAUGUUGCCAACUUCGGAAAUACACACGACCCUUUUGAAUCAGUUAAUUCACAGGCUGAUGCAAUUGAUGUAACAUCUCCAAAUAACAAGUUCGAUUUCUUCGCUAACUUGGAAACUCCAUUCUAUCAUAACACAGAUAAAAUCGAAUUAAUUCGGCAAAACGUGGCGCGUUUUCGGCGAACGACGGAUAAUUUAGAUAUUAAAAAUCCAAAUGACAUUAUGAAUAAUUCCGAUCUGAACAGCUUAUACAGAAAAAUUCCUACAAUAGGCGAUUAUCCACAACAUACUGAACAACCUAUGGGCUUUGGUUAUGCAAAUGUCGAACAACAAAGUCCCGAUGAAAAUUUCAAUGCUAUCGAAGACAUAUCCUGCGACAGAAUUGACGUCGAAAGUGAACAGGAAGAAUCACAUAAAUCUGAUUCUUCCGACAUUGUGUGCACUCGAAUCGACAGAUUGCAGUCCGAUUCAACUCGAGAAGCACCUGCGCAAAAGAAGACUAAAAGAUCCAGUCAAUUUAUGAAUAACAAUGAAAAAUGUAGUAGAGUUUCUAAUAGCAUAAAUCCAUAUGUGCUGCUCUUCGAAAAUUCAAAUCUGUCCGAGAAUUCACUUUCAAUUUCGACGACUCCCGAAGACAAUUUUUCGAAUAAAAUUUUGAGUUCCUUGGAGUCAUCAAAUCGUAAUAUUUUUAAACCAACUUUUUUAUCUCUAGACUUUGAUCACAGCAAAACGAAACAUAGUCACUCAAAAGACUUCAGUAUAGAAACCUUAAUUGGCAACGCAGCAGAGUUCAGCGAAACAUAGUUUUAUUCUAACUUUAGUGAAUCAUUAAAUAAUUCGUAUAAGGAGACACAAAUUUAGUUGCAAUAUUUUCGUAAGAUAGUUUUUAAGCAUUUGCAAUUGUAUAUAAUAGAAGUAUUUUAUAUGUAACAGUGUUUAAAAUGCACCUUUCCUAAUUAGAUUAAAUAACUAUAAACGGAUUCGAAAAAGAAAGGUAUUGAAAUUUGUUAAUUUGCCAAUAUUGUGCAGUGGCGUCAGCCAUGGAGGUGUUCAGCAAUAGAGCAAUGCACUUAAUGACUUUAAAUGUUGAUUAUACAAAUUUCUUUGGAUUGAACUAUAUUUGUUAUAUUUUUUAUAGAUAUAGAACUUUUAAUUAUUUGAUAUUUAUGUCGUUCCAAUUUUUAAUUUUAUUUUUAUUCUUGCUAAAUUCUUAUCAAAGAAAACAUAUUUUCAUUUAAAAUAAUAACAGAGGGAAAGAAACCAAAAGGCCAGAACAGCUGAAUUAUCGAUAAAUAUUAAAAAGAAAAAAUGGUAGGAAACAAAAAUUAUGUAUUGGUUCAUGUUUGGCUGGAGACCCCAUUUUUUACCCAAAAAUUCUGAUACCGAUACGUUCAUAGAAAGCUAUGCUUUGGUCUUUACACGAUUCUCACGAUUCCAAUUUAAUAUUGUAUACGUAAUGGUCUAAGCUCUAAGGUAUUCUACCAACCUGCAUUUUAAGUGAAGUUUUUCUCAAAAAGAUCGGAUACAGUGCAAACAAGGAUUUGUCGUUAUUAGUAAAACGUUUUUUAUUUGCGUAUAUCUCAAAGGAACAAUUUACGGGCAGAUAUCUCUUAUCAUUUUAAAGGUUUAAGUAUUAUUCAAAAUAAAGAUACUUUUUUGUUUUCGUUAAAACCGCAAGUCAUAGUCCAUAUUUCAACUAUCCGACUACAUAUAUUUUAGAAAAAAUUCAGGUUUGUUAAAAUAGCUUAACCCGUUCCGAAUACCAAAUUAAAUCGAAAUCAUUAGAGCCGUUUUUGAGAAAAUUGCAAUGACUAAAAAAAUGUAUAGGAUGUACAUUAGUGUGGUCCACGUUAUAAGGCAAAAAAAUAAACCAUAUAAUUCAUUAGUUCCCCACCCAUUAUUUUGCUACAGACAUCAAUACCAACAUAUGCUGAAAGUUUAAGCCUUCAAAACUAAAAGGAAGAGGGCGCUCAUCAGCUUUGGAAUAUUAGACUUUGUUACCCUUACCUUACCCUUAAUAUCUGAUUAUAUCGUAUUAGGACUUGGCUUGAGGUUGUAAUUUGGAUUAAACAUGAUAAGCACGCAUGUUCCCGACAACCAAGUAAAUGAUUUUCACGUUUCUUUGGUUUUGAGUCACUAAGCUCGUAUUUCAUUGAUUAAUUCUGUUUUGAUAACUUUAAGCAAAAAAUACUUACAGACGAAUUUAAAUGAACAAAAAUUAUUAUCUGUGAAAAUAUCACUUAACUAUUGGUUUUUUAUGAAAAACUUUAGAUACCACAUCAUAACUUAAUUCACUUGAUAAAUCAAAACAAGAGUUAAUUACUAGGCAUGAGGACCCAGCUAUACCAGCAUCUGAGCAAAAACAUUGAGCCUGUUGAGCGCCCACUUACACUUCACCUAAAAAGCUGAAAUUUCACAUGUGUAAUACUAAACACAUAUGCAACCAAUUUUUGAGUGGGGAACAACGGAAAUGUAAAAACCAAAAAAUUGGACCACCCUAAUGUACAUUGUACAAGUUUCAGGCAAGACAUUUGAUCGAUAUCUCGAUAACGGUGCAUAACGGUCAGUACAUAAAUUGUACAACAUAAAACAAACAACAGAAAAAUCUAUCUUGUCGGAUAACUGAGUAAUUGUCAAAAAACGGUUUUAUCCUUUUUUUAUGGCGAAAAACGCUCAUAGGAAAUCUUGGUCGAAAAUUUAAAGUUAAGCUUAUCUUAGCGCCCCCUGCCCUACGUCAAAUCAAAAGUUUAGGUCUCUCGGUUAAUUUGCAUUUCCAAAUGUUUAUAAUGACUGGACCUAACUACCAAAGACUUUUGUUGCCUCUUAGACAACUCGUUUAUGGCAAAUUAAUCAAAGUCAAUACCUGAUACAAAAAUAAAAUAUUCAAAAGCCGUCCGUUUUAUAUUGUAUUAAGUAUUUGGAAACUGUACAUAUAGGAUAAUUAAAUAAGAUAUAAAACAAAUAUUUCACAUACAUAUACAUACUUUACUAAUUGCAUUUUAUUAAGAUUAAGAUUACGUCUGAUUUCGUCACUUAGCCAAGUAUCUAAACUUCCAAAAAUUUUGUAUUUUUUUUUUCAUUGUGAUGUUUUUAUUUAUUUAGACCAAGAAUUUAUCUACUUUAUUUUACUGUCAUGUAAUGAAACAUCAAACAUGUUUGCGAAAAUUGAAUUAACCAAAAGAAAAAAAAAAAAUAUUUGUGAGUACCUUCCUACAAGUUUAUUUUUUAUUUUAAUUAUUUUUUUAAUUAUAUAAAUUAAUGAC